GUGUCAGCUAGUUGAAUAAUGCUGUUUGGUCUAUUGCUGUUGACUUAUAGCAUUAAAUUGUGUAUAUUUAACAUGAAAUAUCACUGACAUUUGAAACAUUACUAGUUUCUUAUAAACAGAACACUAAAUAUACUCAAUGGUUAUUUGGGGCAGUAUAUACUGAACUUUUCACAUGAUGUUCUUUUUUCAUUUUAUGCUUGUGUAGAGAAAUGCAAAAUAUCUGCAUAUGCAAUGGUACAAAUUUACUGGUAUUUAAUAGACUUCAUAUGGGCAGAAAUGCAGAUUUUUGCUAUGAUUUUGUGUAGUGUUAUUACCAUUAUGUGCACCCCCCCAUCAGCCCUUCUUUCUUCGUUUCUUUUCUUGGCUGUGAAAGAGAUAAAUUUGCUCACGGCCUGAGAGGCGGUUUCUUUUUAAGUAUGUGGGUCAAAGACAAAACCUACCAACUGUGUGUGUGUGGGGGGGGGGGGGGGGGAUGAGCAGGAUGGACGAGCAGGAUGGACAAACAAGAAAAAAAAGAAGAAAAAAGAAAACUGCUCUGGAGCACAUGAACCUUCCCCACGUGAAUCAAUAUUCAGGCCCUGAUGUCCCUGUUGAGCAACGAGGGCAAAGAGAAGAGGGAGCUGAAAGGCAGAAGAUACAAAGGGAGGGCUGUGAUGGCAUGUGUUCAGAAGGAGAAUCCCAUUGGAGGCGAGGAGAGAGAAAGUUGCACGUUUUGAGAGGAGAGGGGAAAGUUUUUAACAGAAUUUGAAGCUGUCUUGGACUCCACUUGGGAUUAUUAUCGAGUUUUGUGGUUUUGAAGAAGACUUCUGUGAUGAAUGGGAUAAUGUUCUCCAAGUGUAAGUGGCUAAUUGUGAUCCAGCUCYUGCUGACUGAACAGGCCCUCUGCAGAGCCCCACCCUCUUUGGUGAAGAGGGACACGCUACUUCAAGAAAAUCAUGCUUAUGAUGACGCUGAGAACAAACUCAAACUGGACCUUCAUCCACAGCCCAGUCUGUCGCCCACAAACCAAUCUGAACCUGAAUCACCAGUUUCCCAAGAAGAGGAAAGAGUCCAGUCUGCUGGACGUGUGACAUCAUUCCUCAGGGCGAAGCUUCAGGACCAUCUCCACAUUGAAGGGAAUAUCAGCUGUGAGGAGCUGCUCUCUGGCAGCACAAUGGAUGAUCCGUUAUCUUCGGUGGUCCCUCGGGAGCUGCUGGGUCUCUCUUUGGUCCCGGUGUUGGCGGUGGCGGGAUGUCCCGAGGAGGCUCAGACCCUGGUGCUGAAGCUGUACGACCUGCUGGGGGAGGCUGACACAGAGGAGCUCCUGAUGGAGCUGGAAGCUCUUAUUGAGAGGAAGAUGAGCAGGUCCACAUCUGCACCAGCCUCACCAGCACCGCCUUCAGAAAGAGAUGAAGAGAGUCGACGYCUGGAUGCUGUGAUGUUUAACAUUCAGCAGCUGGCCUUGAAGGAAGAGGGCACCUCUCCACAGGAAGGGCAUUGUGAGGGUUGGACCAGAGUAAAUGGGACCAGACUGGUGGGAACACCUGUGAAAGGAUCCACAGGUGGACUGAAGGAUGCUGUGAGCAGCUGUGAAAGACUGGGGGCCCUGUGCGCCGGGGUGCGCAGCGGUGGACCGCUCCUGCCUGGUUUGUACCAAGCAGUGCUAAAAACAGGGAGCCGCAUCUUUCCAUCCACGUCCACAGAGUCUGAGUGCUGGAUCCGUCACUGCAGUACCCAGGAGGACGAUCUGAUCACAACAGCUUCGGGCCAACGGACAAGGCGCAGCCCCCGCAGGAGCUGCAUCAACAAAAACGAGGAGCGCGUGUAUAACGUCAUGGAGUGGAUACCGGGGGUCAGCACCCUCUACAACCUGGGCACAGCUGUGUACUACGCCUCGGUGAACUGCCCAGCCACAGCCAAGGAGAGAGCCAUCCUCAGCGCUGUGGACCUGGGAACCGAUGCCCUGAUGGUCGCCACGGGCGGGACCGCUGGUGUGGCUGGCUAYGCUCUGGGGGCAGGGGUGAAAACCGGCGUGAAAGCUGGAGUCAAAUAUCUGAUCAACAACAUGAAGGAAGAGGAUGACGUUCUGGUGAACCAGUCCAGCUGGGAGCGGAGCGUUUUCACUGUCCAGUAAACUGGAGCCAGAUGCACUUUUACAAUAAUUCAUCAUAAUAAUUAAAAAAAAAUCACAUUUGUAACUGAUUAUUUGCCAAGUAACAACUAGUUUGUUUAGUUUAGAUAAAUUGCAGUUCUGUGUUUCUUACCUGAGUAUCAGAUCAAUGUACUGGGACAUUUGAACAAUGUUUACCAUAUUCUGCCCAUGUUACUGUAUUCACCAAUGAAAACUGCGAUGUUUGGAGACUGAUUUGUUUAUCUGUUGAUUAUUGAACACUGUCUUUUAAAUCAAACCUAAUCUAUUUAAAGUUUCUAGGCCACCAAUAGUUUAACGAGUAACAAAUGAGCCUAAUAACAUGGGCUUAAAAAGUGAUUUAGUCCAAUUAGGAACACACGUUGGAAAAAACAAAACAUGCUCUUUUAUUUUUAGAUAUAGAGGUUUAAAACAUAACCUAGAUUUGAUAUUAUACAUAAAUAACUCUUUGGUGGAAAUAGACAAUAGAUAAAAGGAUAAAAAAACAACUUUCCAUUUAAAAAGUAAUGUACACAAGUAAAUGUGUUGGAAAUAUUAAAAUUGUAAGAUAUUAAGUUAUUCUUUGAUUUUCUUUAGAUGUCAACAAACAGAUUUGUAACAUAUUCUAACUUGAAAAUAUAGUCAGUAAAAACAGUGUACACCUACUGUUAGACUUGGUAUUUUUGAGUGUAACUUUUAAAUGGCUCAACAGCACUGAAGAACUGAUCUCAGGAAGCUAAACCUUCAACCUCAGUACAUAAACUAGAUUACUUGUUCAAAAGGUCUGUUGGGAUCAAAUGAUAAAUCUGCACAUUUUUGGAAAAUACAAAUGCUAUCAUAUGUCUUAUUGACUGUGCAACACUUUAAAAGUAACUACUAUCCUAUUUCAUAUAAAGCAAUUAAACUAAAUAAAAGCUAAUAAAGUUGGUGGUAAAUGAAGGUGUUUAUAUGUAAAUCAUCAGAUGCAAUAUUGACUGUUAAGAUUAUGGAAAAAUACACAGUCUUGUGAGAAUAAAAUAUUACCACAAAAACAGAAGUGAAACAAAAGAUUUCCUGCAUCUCCACAUCUGCUGCUGUCUUUUAUUUCCUUUCUAAGCAAUUCUGCAUGUUGCUUAUAAUUAUUCCAUGGUAGAUGUUUCAAUAUGAGCAUUGUUGUGGCUUAAAUAAACAAAAAUGACAAACUGAACCCC